AUGGCGGAGCCCGCAGCACACGAUUCGACAGACACCGCACAGCCUCCAUCCCCGGCCCCGGGCCUUUCCCCAGCGGCCAGCCCGGGCUCCGAGCCGUUAUCCGUGGCCCUUUCUCCCAUCACAGACGGCUCUCAGCGACUCCUCUUCACCCACGACUUGGUCUCCAGGAAGUAUAAAGAAUCUGUCCGGUUCGGCCUCGUACGGAUGAUCCACGGCGAGGAGGAAUUUAACUCCGACUCGGACCUUGAUGAUGGUGGAGGGAGAGACACCGGCGGUGGUGGUGGAGGAGGAGGAGGAGGAAAAGGAGGUGAACGAGUCCCAUGCGGUUCGGACACAGAGAGCGCUACGGGCAACCAUAAUCGGCCUCUCUGUCGUGGGUUUGUCCGUGUCCAGUGGUACCCCGAUGGAGUGAAGCAGGACAUCAGGGAGACAAAGCUGAUGCUCGAAGAUCGAUCCAUCGUCAUCAGAGAUAUUGUUCGGCGCAAUAAUUCAAAUGACAGUCAGUGUGGUAUUGUGACCAACGUGGACAUCGAGUGCACAGUGAAAAUAGUGGGCACAAACUGUGUACUAUAUCCUGUCAACAGCAAAGAACUACAGCCUAUUUGGUCUUUCAUGUAUGGUGAUUACAUAGCCUACGACUUUUGGCUGGGCAAAGUGUACGAUUUCACCAAUCACAUAAUCCUCAAACUCUCCAAUGGAGCCAGAUGUUCGAUGAGCGUAGAGGAUGGUGCCAAGCUGUACGAUGUCAGUCCUCAUUUUAAUGACCCGAGCCUUUUCUUUGAUGAGUGUGGGUUCUAUCCAGGCCAAGUCCUGAUGGGUCCUUCUAAAGUCUUCUCUAAUGUCCAGUGGCUGUCAGGAGUCAAACCUGUCCUCUGCAAGAAGCUUAGGUUCAGGGCAGUAGUGGAAGAGCUAAAAGUUUCUGAGCUGAAGGUUACGUGGAUCACGAAAAGCUACUCCCCAAAGGGAUCUGACAGCAUCUGUCCUCCAUCCUCCACUAUCACCCAGGAAAACCUCUGCAGAGUGAGGCGCCUGGGUUACUAUGACCACACCCAGACACAGCUUGGAAACAGGGGGCUGUAUGUGUUGCCUGAAAAUGGGGACGCCACACACAUCACAUUUGAAGGACCUGAAAAGCCCACUAUCCUACAAAUGGACCCCGUAGCCAAAAAGUUAAAAAGAAUUUUCAAGAAGGACUCUGCAAAGAAGACUGAAAACGUCAGUACACAAGGCGAGCAUAAUUUGGAACAAACUGACUCCCAUCAGUACAAUAAUUGCCCAAACGACCAGCAGGACAUUCCUGCCGAACAUGCCGAGCAGGACGCUGAUGACGAGGCAGCUGAAGAUUCAGAUGACACUAGCUCUCUUACAUCAUCGGCUAGCUCUACGGCUUCCUCCCAAAGCGGCGGUCAGGGGACUAACCGCAAGAAGAGCAUCCCGCUGUCUAUACGUAACCUGAAAAGGAAGCACAAGAAGAAGAGGACCAUGUUCUCCCGUGUGUUCAAACCAGGAGACAGUGUGGCUGUCCAAGUUAUAUUGACCAAGACCACAGUUGAUGUCAUGUGGAAGGACGGACACUUGGAGAAAGGGAUACGAUCAAAUGACCUCGUCCCUAUCCAGCAUCUAGACGGCCACGAGUUCUACCCUGGCGAUUUUAUUGUGGACAAACGACCCCAAGCUCUCCAGGAUCCAGGCUUGUAUGGUGUGAUUCAGUCUGGUGACCACAGGGGCAGGACGUGUGUAGUUAAGUGGAUCAAACUUAACGCCACCAGUGACGACGUGGAGGUUGUUGGUGUUGAAGAGGAUGUCAGUGUGUACGACAUAGCGGAUCACCCAGAUUACCACUUCCGCAUCACUGACAUUGUCAUCAGGCUAUGGAACUCCGAGGUCGGUGAGAACGACUGUGAAAAUGAGACAGCAGUUGGCCAAGUGUUCAAGGUGGAUGUUAGCAGCAAGGUGGAGGUGGUAUGGGCAGAUAACUCCAUGACCAUUGUCCUCCCGCAGCAUCUUUACUGCGUGGAUUCUGAGAUCGAGGAGACCGACGACGACUCUGUGGAGGAGACCAGCAGCAUCCUUUCCACUGAAGAGUGGGAGGACGAUAGCGACAGCUGGGAGACUGUUAAUGACGCCCCCGCAGAGGAGGACUUUAACCUUAACAACAGGGACGCCACUGAGAUAGUAACCCCCACGUCUUGCUACUCCACAUUCAUCAUUCCUCCUCAAGAAGAGGACAAAGUCGGGGUUAGCAGUCCCACGAAAGAAGUUGUUGGAAAUGAAAGUGAUGCGACGGUUGUGGCGAGUUCAGCUUCUGGGGGAGGGAGCACUCCAGCAGGUGCUGUUAAUGGAUCGGAGAAGCCAACUAAAGGCUUCCGGGAUUUAAAGGAGGCCUUAAAGAUCCUGGAAAGCCUGAAGAACAUGACUGUGGAGCAGCUUUGGACCGGCCUCUCGCCGACAUCUCCCACUUCUGUCGCACCUGCUUCGGCAGCAAACGUUGUGAGUCCGGCGCCGCCCACGGCCCCGGAAAAACCCAAUAAGGAAAAGCGCUUCCUGGGUGACCUGGAAAAGCGCUUCUUGGAUGACCUCAAGAAGCUACAGGAGAACCUAAGAAAAACUCUGGAUAAUGUGGCCAUUGUGGAGGAAGAGAAAAUGGAGGCUGUAGUAGAAGCAGGAGGUGCGAGUAAAGGGACAAAGGGUGAGAGACCUUCUGAAGAGGAGCCACGAACCCCAGUAGCUGGACAGGAUUGGCCCAGUGACUUUCAAAGUGAGACACCAGUACUGUGUCAACAGAGUAGUGGCAAACCUGGCGUCACAUUUACAAGUGCCAAGGGUGAAGUGUUCUCUGUGCUGGACUGGGCACCAGAGACACACUCUUUUUACAAAAUGGAAUUUCAGCCAGCUGAGGCUAAGAAGUUCUUCAGCACCGUAAGAAAGGAAAUGGCUCUGCUGGCAACGUCACUGCCAGGCGGCAUCAUGGUCAAAACUUUUGAAGACCGGAUGGACCUCUUCUCGGCUCUGAUCAAGGGGCCAACUCGUACGCCUUACGAAGACGGCCUAUUUCUGUUCGAUAUCCAGCUGCCUAACAUCUACCCGGCGCUGCCGCCCCUCUUUCGUUACCUUUCUCAGUGCAGCGGCCGCCUCAAUCCCAACCUGUACAACAACGGGAAGGUCUGCGUCAGUCUGCUGGGCACGUGGAUUGGCAGGGGCAAUGAGAGAUGGACCAGCAAAUCCAGUCUGCUGCAAGUCCUCAUCUCCAUACAAGGUCUGAUCCUUGUUAAUGAGCCUUACUACAACGAGGCGGGCUUCGACAGCGACCGCGGCCUCCAGGAGGGUUACGAGAACAGCCGCUGCUACAAUGAGAUGGCCCUCAUCAAAAUGGUCCAGUCCAUGACCCAGCUCCUCCAGAACCCCGUGGAGGUGUUCAAGCAGGAGAUCCGGGACCACUUUGUCACCAACGGCUGGCGUCUCGUCCGCCGAUUAGAAGCUUGGCUGGAGCUGCACGAUUCCGCCGAGAGGAGCGUUGCGGCUCAUCGAGCGAAGUCUUCCGGUGCCGAGGCUCCGGACGAGCGUGCUGCAAAGCUGAAGGUGGGAGACAGUAUUUUGGAGGAGGAGCCGGAGGAUUCGGGACUCGGGGCGUCUGCCAAGGCCGCCUCACAGCCAGAGACCGGACACAUAUCAGACUGCGACGGCUCUCGAGGGCGCGGCGAUGGCAAAGGCGCCACUUCAGUCACGUCGGAAACAGUUUCACCCACCGCAGCUGGCGACGGAGCACUCAGCCAGCCAGUGGUGCGACCCAAGAAACGGAGAAAGAGCUAUAGGAGCUUCCUGCCCGAGGGCGGCGGCUACCCGGACAUUGGCUUUCCUCUCUUCCCGCUCUCAAAAGGCUUCGUAAAGAGCGUCCGCUGCGUUUUGCUGCAGUAUCGAGCCGCGCUGGAGGCCGCCGGCAUCCCGGAGCGGGCCGAGGACAAGUAA